AUGGAAGUCAUACUUUUAGGAAGCAUAAUUUUAUAUUCAACCAUAAUCCUAAGAGCGUUUAAUCCUUCGACGAUUCUUUGUCUUAUCGAACCUUGGUGUAGAGAAAUCGGUUUUGUUUUAUGUUACGGUGCGAUCAUAUUAAAACUUUACAGAAUAUUAAUUGAAUUUCGUACGAGGAAAGCACACAGAUGGGUGAUAAGAGAUAAGGAUUUAUUAAAAUAUUUAUUCGGUAUGGUCAUCGUCGUUUUCGGGUACAUGUCCGCAUGGACGGCCAUCAAUUUAAAUUUUAUAAAAAAAGAAAAUUUCAGUUUGCUCACGACGGGCACGACACUCGACGGCACUCAAUUCGAAUCGUGUAAAUCCGCUUGGUGGGAUUACGUAACGGAAACAAGUGAAAUAUUGAUAUUAAUUUUUGGAAUACAUUUAAGUUACGCGUCGAGAAAUGCGACGACUCAAUUUCGCGAACGUUGUUUCCUUUGCAUAGCCAUUACUUUGGAAGCUUUCGUUAGCGGAAUUUUCUACGUUCUUCGGUAUUUCUAUUGGGAAACGGCCGUACAUCCGGAUACGAGUUUCCUAGCAAAUUUCACGCGUUGCCAACUUACGACAACGAUCGUUCUCUUCCUUCUGUUCGCGCCAAAAGUUACAAAUAGAAUGUCAUCGAAACAAACGGAUGUUGAAGUUACGGAAGCGGAAGCAUCGCGAACUCCAGAAGAUUCCGUUUGUUCGAACGAAGGUCCGAGUAUUGUUAUUAACGACGGUCCGAGCGAUGCGACUCCACGUAAAAAUCAAAAAUAA